AUGUCUCCCAAUAUGUAAUUACCUCCUUUUCCUACAUUUCCAAUUAUUGCCAAUUGUGAGUAUAGGACUACUGUUUAACUUAAAAAUGAAUUUAUUUAGACUUUUAAAUAUGAAUUAGACCUAUGUUAAUUUAUUAUAGAAAUAGAAAAAGAAUUAGCCAAAUUUAUACUUCCUAUUGAUUAUUCAAUUAUAAUACAUUAAAAUGGCAAACCAAUUUAUGAACCCUAUUUAAAUUCGUAUUUAGAAAUACCAAAACAUCUAGAUUAUAUUGUUAGAGCUUUCAUAUAUUUUAACUGCAAUUAAACCGUAUUUCAAUUAGAAAUAAACCCAUUUGAUAAAAUUCUAAGGAUUAAACAAUAAAUAUUCUCUUCAUAGAAUAUUAAUUAGGAAUUUUCUCUUAUCUAUAAUAAUAAAAAAUUAAAUGAUGAAUAUUAGUUCAUCAGUUAUUUGAUUCCUAAUUAUUCAGAAAUUAUUAUUAAGUUUUCUAACAGAAUCACAUUUUUUGUUAAAUAUCAAAAUACAGUUAUUCAUUAGUACUCUAUUUAACCAAAUGAAAAAGUUGGGGUUGUCAAAAGUAAAUUAAAAUAUGUUUUUAAAAUACCUGAAAAUUAAAGACUUGAAUUAAUCUAUCAGUAGACAUAUCUAAAUAAUGACGAGCUAAAAUUGUCUUAUUUAUAAAUAAAAGAUGAUUGUGAAAUAGAAGUCACUAUUGGAAAAAUAUAUAAAUUGAUAUUAGAAGACGAUGCUUCAUAAUAAAAAUAUACAUGUCAAGUUAAAUAAGCUGCUUUAGUUUCCAGUUUAGAUAAUUAUGGUCCAUUUAAAGAUUAUAAUGUUAGCUACUAUUUUAAUGACAAAGAACUUGAUAAAAAUAAACAUUUUGAAUAAAUUUAGAAUAAUAAUGAUAUUAAUGUUAAUAUCAAAUUUAAAAAGAAAAAAAAACUGAUAACUGUUUUCUUCUAAGAUGAAAUGAAAUAAAAAAUACAAAUGGAAGUUAGUAUUACAGAUCCUAUUAAACUUGCAUUGUAAAUAAUAAAUAAAGCAAAUGAUCCAAUAACCAUCAUUUAUAAUGAUAAAAAGAUAUCAAUUGAAAAUACUUAUGCUUAAGAAGCAAUUAAAAAUGGAAGCAUCAUUAUAUAUUAUCUUAAUUAAUUUUAAAUCAAGUAUAGUAUUGCUCCUAAUCCUCAAGAAUAUUCUCUUUAAAUCACACAAUAAAUUGACGGGGCUUAAUUAUUAAAUAUGAUAUCCAGGAAUUAAAAAGGAUUAAGCUAAACAUUCAAAUUGAUGUUGAAUAAUAGUGAAUUUCCUGCAAAUUAAAUGGUUGAUCCAUUUGAAAAUUAAUGUUUUAGAGUAGUUCCAACAUUUGAAAUAUAAUUUCGAUUUUUGAAUGAUGGUAAAAUUUAUAAAGAAGUAUUUUCAAUUGAAGAUUCAAUUUUAAAUGCAAGAUAAAGAUUUUCAUAAAAAUUUAAUAUUCCUCUCAAUUAGUUAUUUAUUUUAUUUAUGGAUCUAGCCAUAAAAGAUGAAUAUUUAAUACAAUAAUAUUAAAAGAAGGAUCUUUGGAUUUGUGAAACCAUACGAGUUAAAUUCCAAUAGAGAAAUGGCAGUUUAUUAACAUUAAAAUAUUACAAUAAAAAUCUUUAAAUAAAAGAAAUAUUAAAAGACUUAUUAAAAUCUUUUUCACAAUAAGCAUGCAAGUGUUUAUUCAAUAAUUAAUUAGUUAAUGAAUCGAAUAUGUUAAAAGAAAUUACGAAUUAAUCAGAAAUUGUUUUAAUUGUUGAUUUUUUGUAAGAUUUACAACUUAUAGAUAAAUUAAAAAUAUAAUAAGAAAUAACAGUUUAGUUUUAUCCAAAAGAAAUAGUAGCGUCAAUUUUUUCUAGAUAUCUGAGAGGCAAUUUCUUCUUCUAUCAUAAUAAUUAAUUGAUUGAUACAUCAAUGAAUUUUGAAGAUAAUCAUAUUUAAAACAAAUCUUAAAUUUAUUUUGAAGAAUUCUAUAAUUAUACUUUAGAAAGUCUUAAAGAUAAUUCAUAAAUUUAAUUUCAAGCUCCAAAAUUUACUAAAAUUAAAGAUGCUAUUUCCCCUUAAAUUAAAGAUAAAUAUUAAGAACAAUUUUCUAUAUUUUAUAACAAUCAUCAAAUAAAUAUAGAAAAAACCUUUUUUGAAGAAAACAUAAGGGAUGAAAGUAAAAUUUAAAUUAUCUUCAAUAAUUCUUUAAUAGUAAUUGUUCGCGAUCAGGAUCAUUUAAAAAAAUUUACUGCUCCUUCAAAUUAAACAAUCGGAGAACUCAUUAAAAAGUUAGAAGGUAAUCCAAAAAAAAAAUUAUAUAGUGCAAUAAAUUAAAAUUUAUUAGAAGAUCAGACAAAAUUAUCUACUUUAAGUAAUAAUAAUAAUGUAGUCGAACUAAUAUACUAGGAAGAUUUUAACAAUUAAAAUACUGGUUAUUUACCUUCUGAACCAAUAUAAAUGUUAGGCAAUGAUAUUUAGAUUAUUAUUAAGAAUAUGUAAAAUGAUGAUAAAUCAUUUGAGAUUGUGAGAUUAAAUUAAAAAAUAGCAGACUUUAUUAAUCAAUUUAAAUUAAAGAAUUCAUUGUCAAAUAUAACAAUAUUUUAUGGAGGAGAAAUAGUCGAUAUCAAUAAGACAUUUGAAGAAAUUAAUGUAACAACAAACAGCGAAUUUGAAAUUUUAUGA